AGGAGCUAGUUCUCGAUAACUGCCGUUCGGACGAUGGGAAGAUCGUUGGUCUCUCUUCGGAUUUCGAGAACCUGGAGUUCCUCAGCAUGAUCAACAUCAACUUGCUGUCCGUCUCCAAUCUCCCCAAACUUAACAAACUCCGGAAGCUGGAGCUGAGUGAUAACAGGAUUUCUGGUGGCCUUGAAGUUCUAGCAGAGAGAACUCCUAACCUGACACACUUGAAUCUAAGUGGCAACAAGAUCAAAGACAUCAAUACCCUGGAGCCCUUGAAAAAGUUGCCAAAUCUGCAUAGUCUGGAUCUCUUCAACUGUGAGGUGACAAUGCUCAUCAACUACCGGGAGAGCGUGUUCACCCUUCUGCCCCAGCUCACCUACCUAGAUGGAUUUGAUGCUGAUGACCAGGAAGCCCCUGACUCAGACCCUGAAGCAGAUGGGGAUGGGCUGGAAGACGAGUAUGAGAAUGGGGAAGGUGAGGAUUUUCUCCUCUUGGUUUUCUUGCUGGGUGAGGAAGAGGAUGAUGAUGAUGAUGAAGAUGAUUUGGAUGAAGAAGUCAUCGAUGAUGAAGAAGAUGAAGAUGAUGAUCUGGAAGGUGAAGAGGAGGAGGAUGGAGUAGAUGAUGAGGAGGAAGAUGAGGAGGAAGAUGGUGAGGAUGAUGAAGAGGAUGAAGCUGAUGAUGACCUUCCGCGAGGGGAAAAGAGAAAACGAAAUCUAGAGGAUGAAGGAGAGGAAGAUCCAGAAGACGAAGAGGACGAUGAGGAUGACUGAUCCGAGCGAGCCAAUCAGUUUUACAGACUAUGACUGUGCUUGUCUUAACCUCCCUGUUGUGUCUGUGUGAGACUGUAAAUCCCCGUCUCCCACUCCUCCCCCCUUUGUAUGGCUGCAGCGUCCACAAUAUAUUUUUUUAAGAUGUAGAAUACUGUAGGCAUUCAGGGGAAUCUUCCAUACAAGGCUCACUUUCUCACAAGUAUCAAGUAUCUCAUGACCAAAGGCUUUCUCCGUUCUGUGGUUUGUGCAGCAGUUUG